UAUCUAUUCUUAGUGCGUUGAUUGUAUAAUAAAAGUGUUAACGUUUUGUGGUUGUUUUUGCUCCCGGAGGUGUACUUUACCGCUUCUAAAUGGCAUCUUUUAUCCAAAAGGUACUGACUGCUACAAGAGGUACGACCCAGCGCACUUUCUCUCUUAGUGCUAUUCAAAGUGCGGCACACCCAAAUGGGUUCAAUUUUGGUUUGAAUGACACCCAGCGAGAAUUUCAAGCCGUGGCGCGAAAAUUUGCCAGAGAAGAGAUAGUACCGGUGGCGGCCCAGUUUGACAAGACUGGCGAAUACCCGUACGAACUUAUCAAGAAGGCAUGGUCUCUGGGUUUGACCAACGGGCACAUCCCUGAAAAUAUUGGGGGCUUGGGGCAGAGUGUGUUCAAUAUUUGCUUAACCGGUGAGGAGAUAGCGUUUGGUUGUACUGGAAUUUUCACCGCCAUUGAUUCGAAUAACUUAUCGCAACUACCUCUAGUCAUUGCUGGUAAUAAAGAGCAACAGAAAAAGUACUUGGGGCGGAUGGUCGAAGAACCACUGAUAUCGGCUUACGCCGUCACCGAGCCCGGGGGCGGUUCCGACGUGGCGGGCGCCAAAACCCGCGCCGAGAAAAAGGGCGACGAGUGGAUCCUCAACGGUCAGAAGAUGUGGAUUACGAAUGGAGGCGUAGCCAACUGGUACUUCGUCCUCGCCCGCACCAACCCCGACCCCAACUGCCCCGCAGGUAAAGCCUUCACCGGCUUCAUCGUCGAGCGCGACUUCCCCGGCGUCACCCCCGGCCGCAAGGAGCUCAACAUGGGUCAGCGCGCCUCCGACACCCGGGGCGUGACCUUCGAAGACGUGCGCGUCCCCAAAGAGAACGUCCUCCUCGGUGAAGGCGCCGGUUUUAAGAUCGCUAUGGGUACUUUCGACAAGUCGCGGCCUUCGGUGGCUUGUGGGGCCGUGGGGUUGGCGCAGCGGUGUCUGGAAGAGGCCACCAAGUACUCGCAGGAGCGCAAGACGUUCGGGGUUCCGAUCGCGCAGCACCAGGCCAUCGCGUUCAUCCUGGCCGAUAUGGCGGUGGGGGUGGAGAGCUCGAGGUUGAUGUGGAUGAAGGCGGCGUGGGAGGUGGACAACGGGAUGAGGAAUUCGUACUCGGCGUCGAUUGCUAAGUUGCUGGCUAGCGAUGUCGCUAACAGGAAUGCGUCGGAGGCGGUGCAGGUGUUCGGAGGGGCGGGGUUUAAUAGCGAGUACCCGGUGGAGAAGCUGAUGAGGGAUGCGAAGAUUUUCCAGAUUUAUGAGGGGACGUCGCAGAUUCAGAAGAUUGUGAUUUCGAGGCAUGUGUUGAGUAGUUGGAAAUAAAGAUGUGUGAAGGGGGAA